CUUUGUCUUCUCAGCCCACGAUGGAUUUUAUCGAGCCCAUCGUGUCCGUUGCCUCUAAAAUCUACGAAAUGGUCGAGAACGUGAAGUCUAACCAUCAGCGCUGCCAGCGUGUGGCCGAGAGAGUCCGAGGCCUGGAGGGGCUGGUGAUAUCCCUCAAAAACAGCGGUGCCAUUACAAAAACUCCCGUUUUAAAGGACGCCAUCAGAGAUCUGUCCACCACCCUCCGGUCGGCUCAAAAGCUCAUUCAGACGUACACCAAAAAAGACUGGAUCGAUCGGUUCCUGAAGUCCGGCAAGUACGAAGACGAGUUCGGCAGCGUGAACGAUCGGCUGGACGACGCCUUCCAGGUCCUGUCCGGAGCUCAGGUGGUCGGACUGGGAGAGGGACUGCAGGAGCUGUUUCAAAAGUCUACCAGGGAAGCCCAAGACAGGGCCGAUGAAAAGGAGGACGAGGCCGAGUUAAGGAGAUUACUCUUGGAACACAUGCGUUCCAUGGAGGAGAACAUGGAGAAAAUUUUGAAUAUAUUGAGUGACCGAGGAGGCACCCAUGUGGACAUCAGAAAUAUUAAGUUUGACGAGUUGAAGUUCAUUCCAGAUUUGCCUAGAAAACCCAUCAGGAAAACAGAGACUUCAGAGCUCUUCCAAGGCGAAUAUAAAGGAAUCUCUGUGGCCAUCAAGAGAUACAUCAACCCCAACGCUAACCCAAAGAAGGUGGAGUCAAUUUUCAACCAGGAAGCUCAGAAUAUGAAACAGUUUGAGUCCCCCCACAUACUGCGGAUGUAUGGCAUCUGCAUAGAGAACGAGAACUCUCCGAAUCCUAGUUUCUUCCUCAUCCAUGAAUAUUGUGACAACGGAAACCUUCGCGAUUUUCUGAGUUCUGACGUCAGUCUGUCCUGGGCCAUGAAAGCUCGCAUGUGUCUGGAUGCCGCAAAGGGACUGUAUCGACUCCACCAGACAGAAGAAAAAAGUAAGGUCCACGGGAGCAUCAGCUGCUGCAAAUUCCUAGUGACUGAAGACCAUAGAAUCAAGCUGUCAGGUUUUGAGCUGACGAAAACGGAGACGUCGAUCAGAAACGCCACCACCAAGGCAAAGGAAACCUCCUCCCUGUGUUACGUAUCCCCCGAACAGCUCAACGACCUCAACUAUAACUACAAUAAAAAGUGUGAAAUCUACAGUCUUGGAAUCGUCAUGUGGGAAAUUGCAACCCGUAAGAAGCCUUUUGAUGGUUGCAAAGACGAGGAGAUUUACGCCAAAGUGUGUGAGCAGAAAUUCUUGGAGCCUUGUCCUCCAGAGUGCCCUGAGAGCCUGGCAGAGCUGAUCGACGCCUGCCGGGCCUACGACGGCUUCCAGAGGCCCACUUCUGGGGUGCUGGUGGAUAAACUGCGCAUGGUGGUGGUGCAGUUGGAGAAGCUGUGAAAGUCUUCAAGCAUCUUUGUGUUGGAUAUCAUCAGCUUUAGGGGAAGAAUGAUGAAUGUGGAGAAACCUGGUUUGUUUGUGACCUGUCAAAAAGCUUCCAGCUUCUCCAAGCUGGACUUCCAAUGAGACUCAAACUGAUGUGCACAAAGUUUCAUAUGUAUAUUUUUCCAUUUUUACGGUAGAGCAUAAAAAUACAUUGCAUUUAUACAAAUCCCCAAUAAUGCUUCACUCACUCUCAUAUUCGUCUACUUGUUUUCAUAGAAAAUGAUACAUCUGAUUGAAAAUCAUCCCAUUUAAACUAUAGAUCAGGCUAAAUGCUCUACUCUAAAAGCCUCAGCUUCAUCUGAUAACUUCUAAAGAUAAAGACUGACUGGUGGAUGGAUUAUCAUUUAUAUAUUGAUUAUCAUUUCCUUCAGAAAAACUUAAUAGUGGCUAAACUUUUAAAAAUAUUUCAUCAUGCUGACCCAAUGUCUCAUUUUAGACAGAUUCCCCUUUAGGGAGUGUGUGUGGUUGUUGGUCCUUGCGUGUCUCUGUGUGUCCCUUUGAUGGACUGGGGACCGUCCAGGGUGACCCCGCCUCUCCCCAUUGGCUACUGGGAUAGGCUCCACCCCCCCGACCCCAUAAGGGGAUAAGAGGUUACGAAAAUGGAUGGGUGGGCAUGAAUUUUUUUUAAGUGAGGGGAUCUACGUGCAGGCCAAUAUAGAUUACAGCCUGAAAAUAUCUAUCUAAAGGGGGAAAUGAAUAACUAGUGAGUUUUUUUUAAAUGUUUUAUGAAUGUAGCUUUGGGGUUUUAGGUGACUAAAGAUCAUUCCUUGACCCCAACCUGGUGAUAGAU